AUGCACUGCAGCUACUUGGCUGAGGGCAUCCCUGCCAUCGCCGGCAACUCCUGGAUCUCAGGCUUGGCCUUCCCCGACUGGGCCUACAAAGCUGAGUCGUCCCCGGGCUCCCGGCAGAUCCAGCUGUGGCACUUCAUCCUGGAGCUGCUGCAGAAGGAAGAGUUCCGCCAUGUCAUCGCCUGGCAGCAGGGAGAGUACGGGGAAUUUGUCAUCAAGGAUCCAGAUGAGGUGGCCCGCCUCUGGGGCCGCAGGAAGUGCAAACCACAGAUGAAUUAUGACAAGCUGAGCCGGGCCCUCAGGUAUUACUACAAUAAGAGGAUCCUGCACAAGACCAAAGGGAAAAGGUUCACUUACAGGUUCAACUUCAGCAAGCUCAUCGUGGUCAACUACCCUCUGUGGGAGGUGCGGGCUCCGCCACCCCCCCACUUGCUGCUGGGGGCCCCUGCCCUGUUUCGGCCAGCGCUGGUGCCCAUGGGCGUGCACAGCGAGCUCCUGCACAGCAUGCUGUUCACCCAUCGGGCCACAGUGGAGCAGCUGGCUGGACAGUGGACCCCCCGAGGGCCACCAGAGGCCUCUGGGGACAAGAAGGGGAGCAGCAGCAGUGACCACUGCUUUGGCCCUGCCCCAGCCCCCUGCCGGCUCGGCCCUUGCUGCCAUCUGGGGAGCCCCCGAGAAGAGCUGCCCAGUUACUCCUCCUUCACCCCUCCCACCCCACCCCUUCUCCCCUCCGACUGGCCCCGCCUCCCAGGACCCUUCUUGCCCGCACUCCCCGCAGAGCCGCGGUUCCCAGGGGCCUCCAAGCCAGACUCCCUGCUCCCAGGACCUGCGUGCCCCCCCGCGGCCCGGCAUUUUCCGGGGCUUCCCGUAUUGGCCGGGCCGGCACAGGGGGCUGGUGAGGGGCUCUGGCUCUUGUCCCUGAGGCCCCAGGUAAAGUCCGAUCCCAUGAUGGAGGCAAAGGGGCGCCUGGAUCCCAGGGAGGGCUCCUCCUCAGAGACGCACGGACCCAAGACUGGGGAGGAAAGCCCUGUGUCCCCGAAUCUGGAGAACUUCAAAGCAGUGUGGCCCUUGGAUCCUCCUUAA